AUGGAGUCACUAUCAAUUUAUAUCCUACAACAGAUAACCAAGCAGUUGGAUGAUGAUAUUGAUGUUGCAUGCUUGUGUUUGACUUGCCACUCACUCUUCAACCUGUACAUCAAUGGCAAGAUACUGCGCCCCAUGUGCACCUCACGAUCCACACUAUCAACGAUGAAAUGGUCGGCAAACAAACCUAUAUUGGCAGGUUCAUUGCAAGAGAACCUACUCAUUCUAAUACUAGGCGCAAUUUACAAUCUGCCUCUGGAGCGAAAUGUCCUUCCAUCAUCACUUACUUCAUUGACAACAGGAUACAUGUACGAUCAGAUCAUUGUCCAAGGUGUUCUACCACCAUCGUUAAUCAAGCUAGUCUUUGGAUAUCACUACACCCAACCCAUUGCACUCGAUGUACUGCCACGAUCACUCCAAUACUUAAAGUUUGGUCAUCGCUAUAAAGCUGCUAUCGAUCCUUACGUGCUUCCACAAUCACUUCAUACCUUGAAGUUUGGAUCAUUCUUUGACAAUCCCCUCAAUAUACCUGGUAUACUACCAGGGUCACUAAGAAAGCUAUCAUUUGGCUACAACCACAGUCAACCAUUGGACUUAGUAUCCUUACCUCCAACUUUAAUAUCAUUGGGGCUAGGUAACAACAUUAUCGUUCGGUCUACAUUCCCUGACUUCCUGAUGACACUGACGACAUUACUUCGACUAAAGAUCCGUUCAUUCUUACCCCUGGUUGACAUUGGACAUCAUCCAGCCUUUGAUGGUCUUUGCCUGACAAUAAGGUUCAAUGUGAUCCUACUACCAGAUAUAUUAAUCAUCCCCGCCCAACUGAAGGAGCUAUAUAUUAAGUCAAAGUACGGUCUUCUCAACAAGAGCCUCAUCCAACAAGUGAUCAAGAAGCUACCCAAUGUACAAAGUUACCGCGUCACAGUGGAAGAGACGGCAACGAAUGUUUGUUGGCGUAUGAUUACCCCAGGAAGAGCACUAUGUGUUGUCUCCAAGCAUCUUACGCAACCUAGUCGUUCAAUCAUCAAGAUGGUGGACCUG